GUAAUUCAGAAGGCUUUUCAGCCAUUUGCAGAACUUUGACCUUCUGGAGGCAGGGCAGUUCUAACCCCCAGCUCUGGUUCUGGGCAGCCUAUUCUGCCCCAAACUGCCUGAUUUACUUUGAUUAGUUAGAGGAAGAGCCUGAGGCUAUUGGGAGUUAUUGCACCGUCUGUUUUGAAUUCUAGCCCUCUGUGCUUCCCGCCCCCUCUUUCAUCCCCUACCAGCUUGAAAGACCUGUCCAAGCAGGGGUUUGGACUACAUCUCCCAGCGUGCCUGGCAGAGUGGUGGCCUCCGUGUCGUCUGCACUGGUUGCGGGCGACAAUGCAGCAGGCAAUGAGCAUGGUGGCCCUUCUUGGUUUUCGUCUGCAGGCACUCCCCUCGGCCCUGAGUCGCCCAUUCAGUUGUGCACAGGUUGGCUGCCCACAGGAUGUACUCCGCAGGACUCCGCUGUAUGACUUCCACCUGGCCCAAGGAGGGAAAAUGGUGGCAUUUGCAGGGUGGAGUCUGCCUGUGCAAUACCGGGACAGUCACGUUGACUCACACCUGCAUACACGCCAGCACUGCUCUCUCUUUGAUGUGUCCCACAUGCUACAGACCAAGAUAUAUGGUUGUGACCGGGUGAAGCUGAUGGAGAGUCUGGUGGUUGGAGAUAUUGCAGAACUAAGGCCAAACCAGGGAACACUGUCACUGUUUACCAGUGAAGCUGGAGGCAUCUUAGAUGAUUUGAUUGUGACCAGUACUUCUGAGGGAUACCUGUAUGUAGUGUCUAACGCUGGCUGCUGGGACAAAGACUUGGCUCUUAUGCAGGAUAAGGUCAAGGAGUUCCAGAACAGAGGCAAUGAUGUAGGCCUGGAGGUGGUAGAUAAUGCUCUGCUUGCCCUGCAAGGACCCACUGCAGCCCAGGUGCUGCAGGCCUGUGUGGCAGAUGACUUGAGGAAACUGCCCUUCAUGACCAGUGCUGUAAUGAAGGUGUUUGGUGUGUCUGGCUGUCGUGUGACCCGCUGUGGCUACACCGGAGAGGAUGGUGUGGAGAUCUCAGUGCCAGCAGAGGAGGCAGUUCACUUGGCAACUGCUCUGCUGAAAAACCCAGAGGUGAAGCUGGCAGGACUGGCCGCCCGGGAUAGCCUGCGUCUGGAAGCUGGCCUCUGUCUGUAUGGGAAUGAUAUUGAUGAACACACCACUCCUGUGGAGGGCAGCCUUGGCUGGACACUGGGGAAGCGACGCCGAGCUGCUAUGGACUUCCCAGGAGCCAAAAUCAUUGUUCCCCAGCUGAAGGGUGAAGUGCAGAGGAGGCGUGUGGGGUUGAUGUGUGAGGGGGCCCCAAUGCGGGCGCACAGUCCGAUUCUGAGCACAGAAGGAACUGUGAUUGGUACGGUGACCAGUGGCUGCCCUUCACCCUGCCUGAAGAAGAAUGUGGCGAUGGGUUAUGUGCCAUCCAAGUACAGUCGGCCAGGGACACAGCUGCUGGUGGAGGUGCGGAGGAAGCCUCAGAUGGCUGUGGUUAGCAAAAUGCCUUUUGUGCCCACGAAGUACUAUACUCUGAAGUGAGGAUGGCCUAUGGCAAAGCCCUUCCCUCCUGGAGUCUUGCUCUGAAGGACAUUCCCAUAGGGUUUAGUCAGAUGAGUGAGGCAGAAUUCAUUGGAAUGGAAGCUGAAUGGGGUUUGCUCUAGUCUGGUUGAGGGGGCCAUCCCAUCUUUUGUCUUCUAAAAACUUACUCCAACUUCAGGACCCCAUUUCUCAAUGAUGGGUCAUCUUAUCUAAUGUUCUAUGUCAGUCCACAAUCCCACUCACCCUGUUCUGCCAGGUGUUGGCUAAGAAACAAAGGUCUGCCCUUGUGGGGAGGAUAACACCUACCCAACCUACCUCACUACGGUUUCUCUGAUUUCAAAGAGUUAUUACUGUGGGCAGUGUUAGGUACCUCCUCUACUUUGCUUUCCAUGAAUGCAUACUGCUGCCUUUCCUAGGAAAGAAGUGACUCCUGACUCAGUGUUGGUUCAGUUGCUCAUGUGUAAACUUAGGGAUGGCUAAGCAAACAUGGACUCACUGUUCCACAUUCCCCAGUCAACUCAGCCUGCUGCCCAGUAACAAGCCAUGGCAGGUUUAGUGCCUUGGCUGACCUUUGCCCUUGUUAUGAAUAACUGUACUGACCCUUGAAAAAAAUUAAAGAAGCUUUCCUCCUCCUCACUUGC